UUUUCUUUUUCUUUUUCUCUCACAUUUUUUUUAACGAAAUUCUCACGUUUAUCAUGUCAGACGAAAAAGUUGCAACUGUUGCUAUUGUAGGUGGAGGUCUUGUUGGUGCCUUGAAUGCUGUUUAUUUUGCUCAACGUGGUUGGAAAGUUGAUCUUUAUGAAUUACGAGCAGGUAACUUCUUAUCAACAAAAAAAAAAUCUUUUUCCCCUCUAUAACUUUCUAUGCUUUUAUUUGAAUUAGAUAUGCGUUUACCAGAACAAA